ACGAGGCUCAACAUUUUUUGAAUCAAGUCCCACGUGACGUUUAGUUUGGCGCACGUGUCUCGCACUUUUUUUUUUUUUUUGAAACCAAAGUGACCGGUCAGGAAGUGUUUACGGCAAAAAUGGUGUACGCGACGUAAAAAAGUUUCUAUUAUUUAUUAUUAGAAAAGUCGUAUAUUGAUUUAAUUUUUUUUUCAUGAACGUGAUCGUAUGGUGCGUGAUUUGAAUAUUUAUUGAUAAUACAAUAUUGUGUGUUGGAUUUUUUAUAGUGCAGUGUGUGGGACUUUUGUAUUUGAAAAAAAAUAUAGAUAAUACAUCAUGGAUAAAUUUCAGAUGAUAUCCACCCUGCUCUGCAUCCUAUUAAUCGGACACCAAGUUCAAGCCGUCAUAAAUAAACCGACCUCCCAAUCCUCAUCGGUUAAUGAGGAGGAAAAGACGGAGGUCGAAGCUGAAGACAGAAUAAGCAAUUCUUAUGGACCACCACCAGAUUCUGGAUUCAAUGGACCAGCGCCUGUCUACGGACCACCGGAAUUAACAGGGGACCAGAGACCACCACAAAUUUUCUCACCCCCACCACCUGAAAGACCCCCACAAUCCUAUGGACCACCCAGUCAAAAUUAUGGUCCACCACCAAAACUAAAUUUCGGUCCACCGAAACCAGAGUAUGGUCCACCGAAACCACAGUACGGACCUCCGAAACCACAGUAUGGACCCCCGAAACCACAAUACGGACCACCUAAACCUCAAUACGGUCCGCCGAAACAAUCCUUCAGACCUCCGCCACCACACGGACAGUUCAAACAUCCAAAACCUCAAUACGGACCCCCACCAAAAUUUAACGGACCACCUUUCGAAUCAAAACCAGUCGAUGGUGGACCAAUUCCUGGAUCUCUAGAAGCCUACGGACCACCUAACAGAAAACCCGUCGUUCCUUUCGGUAUCGGCCACCAGGGAAAUUUCGGCCCAGGACCACAAUAUGGAGCACCGUUCAAUAACGAUCUUUACGGACCACCAAUGGCUCCACCACCAGGCGUUCCAGCUCCACCCACUCCCCCCGAUAUCAAAUACGACGGAUGGCAACCAAUCCCCGGAUUAGUUAGCAGUCCUAAUCAACAGAUCCAGCCGCAGGAAAAUUAUCUCCCUCCCGCUGAGAACGGACCUCUUGUCAAUUUCCAAGAUUCGGCAAAUACGAACGUACCCAGCGACUCCUAUGGAGUUCCACUCAACAACCCAGACGAUCACAGUUUGAAAUCAGUUGUCCAUCAAUCAUCAGCCGCUGCCGAAAAUCACGGACUCCCACCCCCACCUCUUCCUGAAUUCGAACCCCUUCACGCAGGUCAAGGUCCCGGCAAUGCCGGAGGUAGUUUCGAUUCCUUGAAACAAUUUCCUGAAUUACCCAGCAACCAAUACGGAGCACCAACCGCUAACGAUGACCUUAAAAUACUGACAUCUGACCUACAAGGCCUCACUCUCUCCGGUGGAAGUUCAGCGCAAGAGGCAGGUGCACUUUCACCACUGUCCGACUCCUACGGACUGCCGGCUGAAAAUCACCACGGAUCACUUUCAUCCGAUGACUUAUCACUACAACAAUUACCAAUUGUCCCUUCAGGCAGUUACGGACCACCUGCCGCGCCUAGUUUCCCGUUGGCGCCUCCGCCCCCCUCAGACUCUUACGGCGCACCACCUGCAUCAUCCUUCUCUCCCAAUGGACCUUAUCAAUCAUCGAAAGGCUUCAGAGGCGGUGCAUUCUCAUCAGGCUUUUCCUCAUCCUCAUUCGGCUCGUUCGGAGGCGGUUUCAAUAGACACUUCUCGAAAAAUCGUGGACCACCAAGACCCGCACAAUUGCAAGGCUCAUUGAUUCCACCCAGGAAUCGCCAUCCAUACAAAUUCAGGGAACCGGUACCAAGCGAACUAAUCUCGAAUCUCAAUAAGUAUCUCCCUCCUGGUGAUCAUAUAAAACCACAGAAAAAUUACGGUCCACCUUUGGCAUUCGAUCAACAACUUCCACGUUUCACUGGUGGACAGCAAAACUUCCAAGGUGCUGGCUCACACUUCUCCGGAAGUUUCACCUCUAGUAAAACUUUCGGACACGCGCCGAUGGUCGCACCGAACGUGAACUACGGAACUCCGUUGUCUUUCAAUGAUUUCAACACUCCUGCUCCAGUGCCGACGUACGGUGCACCUAACUUUGGACCUCCUUCGAUGUUCGCCUCGACCUCAACUGGAUUCGGUGGUAAUCUCUAUAACAGCGUCAGCAAUUCUUUGUCGAAUACGUACGGAACUCCGGUUAUAAAUUCCCAUCUCACCGGAGGAAAAGGCGAUUGCUUCCAACAAGCUAAUGGAGCAAUUGGCUACAAUCUUCCCGAUUUUAGCGCACCGAAUUCAUUGUACGAUUCGCCAAUCGGUGGUCUAGCGGCCCCAUCCGUCAGUCAUCUGGACCUCGAGCAGAAUACGCAGCAAACCGGUGAUCUGAAGGACAGUUACGGCCAACCUAUCGGAGCUUUCCAGGACCAGACCGGAGCCGCUGUGAAUACGAACCAAAUUCACGAACUACCGCAACAAUCUUUGAAUCAAAACUUUGGUUCUGACACUUCGUUCCUAACCGCCAACGGAAUAUCAGCUGAAGCUCUCACAGCCGCCCUCACCGCUCAAGGUUAUGGCGAAUCGAAAAACGCCGCCUUAAGUUCAAACGAAGUCGACGCGAGUCAAUUCCUCCAGACCAGCGAAGGUCAUCAUGCGCUAGCUCUUGCACAACAAGGUCUCGUACCCGAGGGCAAUGACGGUUUCCAAAUUCAAGGUUCCAAGGGAACCUACACCCUUCAGAUUCAAGCCGCUGACGGUGGGUUAGGCACGGAGAAUUCUGACGGAAGCAUCCGACAUGAACAAGUACUCUCGAAUGGUCUGCUUCAGGAUAUUCUUGCAGCAAUUGAACAGCAACCGAACGGUGGGCAAAUUGAACUUCAAGGUCCACCAUUGGUGCAACCACUCGAGAAAGUCUACGGUGAUUUAUCGCACGCAGCAACGAACAAUGUUGCCAGCAGUAAUCAGUUCGAUUCGAGUGCGCAGAGUGAGGAUGACAAGAACCUCGAGGAGAUGAUUGCUCAGGCUACUUCUAGACACGCGGAGAAAGCAUCGGAUGUCGAUCCACACAAGGAUCAGAUUGCUUUGUUCUUUAAUAACAAAAAUUAUGAGGAGUCGAAGAAACAAGUGAGGUCCACCUUUAAAAAUGAGAAAACACAACCUGAGGAUACGAAUGUAGAGAAGAGGAGUAGUUAAAUAAUGGAAGGAUUUAGUCUCAGAGAUCUGGUAGUGAGAUCUAGUUAGUGUUACCACUUUUUGGCUGAAUAGCGUUUUCGAUAAUUUUUUAUAUCACAGAUGCUCGAAAACCUAGUCUGGAAACAUCGAGUUAAAAAGUACUUCAUUCAGUAUAAACCGGAUUUCGAGUAUUUAUGGCAUAAAAAAUCGUAUGCUACAUGGGAGGUACUUCCCUGUUGCAUAUUACACUAUUUUUCCUAACAUUGCAAUUUUAUCUCGUUUCGAUAUUUUUAGUUACUUUUUCGUUAUAUACUCGAAUUUUAGUUUAAAUUUUCCUUGCUAUUCAACUACUCGGACGUUAAUGAUUUGACUAGUUUUAGUAGAUGACGAUUGCCGAGAUAGCAGGUAUUGUCGCAAUAUUGCACAGUAAGGUUGAUGCUAUAAAUUUUAUUUUUUAUUAAUGUGUAUUAAUUAUUGUUAAUUAUUAUUAUAUAAUGUGUAUAAAAUUAUUAGCAGCGAGCUUAUGGCAUACUUGCAGCAAAAUUACGUGCUAUCUGGGUGCAUCAAUUUUUUGUUUAGACCAAGUUUCAAAAGUUAGGUUCAGUUGUGAAUUGAAAUUGGAGUUUCCAGUAAACUGGUUAGGUUCGAUUCUAUAAAGAUUUUUAGGUUUGGGAAGUUAAUCACUUUUAUAAAGUUGAACACGUUCGACGCUGAUUGCUAUCAUUUUUUUUACAAUCCUGUUCAAUUUUAAUUGACAAUUGUAGAGAUAUUUAUAUUUAUUUGCCAAGUCGAUUAAAUUGAGUCUUCAAGAUCAUUAAAUUAGAUUUUGAAGAUGAUUGGAAGAAGUUUCAUUGAUGAUCAGAUUGGAGUUGUAGGAUCGUGUUUCAUUAAGUAGAUAGUAUUUCCAUAUAGAAGGUUCAGAUCAAAUGGUGUUAUUUGAAGUUAAAUUGAAUUUAAAAAGUAGGAUCAAAUUUUUCAUGCUUCAUUCAAAGAUGAUCGGAAUUAUUUUUGUAUUUUUGGCGAAGAAAUAAUUUGUUAAAAAAGAUUUGAUCGUUUUGAAGAUGUUUUUAAAUUGUUAUGAUGAGUCUUGGUAUCAGUCCACAAUUUUUCGGUGCUAAUUUCAGUUAUUGUUAAUAAUUAUUUCAUAUUAUAGAAUUUUUAUUUUUUUUCGUUUUUUUAGAACAAAAUUUCUAUUCUCCAGCCCUCGGUGGGAAAAAUUCUGUAUAAAGAAAAUAACGACACCUGUUAAACACGAACUAAACGUUUAAUUCUCCUUUAAAAGGAUUAAAUUCCUAGAUCUUUAGAUACAAUUCCAUUAUAUAGAUAAUCAGAAUGAAGCUGAAGAACUUUCUCUUAUUUUGAAGAUAAAAUCCAGGCAUUUUUUUUUUAAGAAAUACUUUUGUUGAAGUGAAUCAGCAAUACAAGUGCCAUUUGCUUAACGCGGCUAGACUUUGAUUGGAUAGCAAUUUUCCGUAAUAGGAUUGUUUUUUUUUCUAUCGCGAGAGAGACUGAUCCUGGAGUGCGAGAGGUGAGAGAUUAAUCUACAUUGGGGGAAAAUGGGGAAGACACAUAUACACAACCUUCGACAUGGAGAAAGUAAUAGGAAUCUUCAGUAAGAGCUAUUUCACUCUCACGACAAGCUUGUAAAUAUUCAGAAACCACACGAUCCUCUUAAAGACUCUCUCGACUAUAAAGAGAGUCUGCCUCGAUGAAAGUGGAUGCUAUCAGUAGACCUCUGGGGUCACUGCCAAACGAUGUCGUGAUCUUGACACGAUUGCUUUUUUUCAAGGUGAAAAUAAAGAUAAAUCUGAGUUAAAGAUUUUUAUAUUUAUAUGUAUAAAAAUAAAUAUGUAUUAUAUUCAGUUGAAUAUAAAAAUAAUUAAAGAAAUUCUCGGUGCGUAUUAAAGUUAUUUUACAUGAAGGUCGUUGCGCUCAAAAGAGACUCACGCACUUUGUGGUCAGUGUAAAUGUUGUUUUUUUGAUGUUUGCCAGUAUAUUAUUAUUAUUAUUUUGUUUCGAUUGAACGAGAGUGGAUGUGAGUUGUGCCCGCGAUUUUCAAUACUCAAAAUAGGUCAAUAGGUUAAGACACUUCACCUGAAUCACCAGGUGUGAAUGUAUUCGGGGAAUGCGUGUUUGUAACAUCUUUUAUGUAUUCGAGAGACAAUCUCGAAGAUCAGUGCUCAUUAGUUGAAAAAUCAUCAAAUAUACUUGAAAGCACUAUUUACCAGGUGAAAGUUCAAACGAUAUUUAAUGCACUGGGAAAAAUAUUUUCUCCUCUAUUUAUAUAUAUGGAAGAAAAAGAAUUGGUACUUGUUUUUCACUAUUAGAAAUAGGUAUUCAGUAUUUUAGUAUUUCUGAGAUUUAAUAUUCCUUACUUUUAGUAUUUCAGCCAAAAUUAUUGUUUACGAAUUACCGAAGCAAAGAGUCAAUCAACAUUUCGUUAAUACUUUAACUAAUUCAGAUUUAGAGUUUGAAUUUUUUAAUUAAUAUUAAAAAGUCAACAUUUUGAGAAGAAGAAAUUCCCAUUUGGAAAAAUUUAUCUCUGGUAAAAUAGAGGAAGACUUGAAAUAAUUGUACUUUAAGUGGAAUAUUUCAGAAAUACGGAAAUAAAAGAAUAAAGUAAUGUUUUCUGUGCGGUGGAAGGAAAAUAUUUUUUUCAGUGCGACCACGCGAAUUGAAAUGUUUUGUAGAGGCAUUAUUGAGAGUAUGUGAAUGUAAAGCUUGGUCGAAUGCGGAAUUUGUGUAGGUUGUUUGUUUGUUUUUUUUACUGCAUUUCAGGUAACUAAAUAUAAGGAGGUUGAAAGUGCCUGCGAGGGCUGUCGAUUUCUAGGGAGUAUGUAGUUGUAGUUGGUAGUUGUACUGCCGAGCCAUAAGACAAUCUCGUUUCGCUACGACCCUUAUUCUAUUUUUUUAUGGAUUAAUUUAUUAUUUUAUACAUAAAGUGCCUUGAUGGAGAUAGGCUAUUAUAUUCGUUGAGUGAUCGUCUACAUCUCUCCGCGAAUGUAAAGUACGCGAAUGCGCUUGUGCUUUUAUUAUGUACUCUGCGUUGCGCGUGUAAAUAUAUGCAUAUCUUGUAAAUAAAA